GUCCUUAGAAGAGUCAGUCAGUGGGCCAGUGUCUGCGUAGGUCUACGUGGUGAGGAGUGGGACUUUUGUCGUGCACCUGGCACCACGAUGGAUGACUAUCCGAUGUAUGGGUUGCUCGUUGGGUUCUCCCUCUGGGGGACCUUAUGGCGUCUCCUCUUUCCUUUGGGCUUUUUGCCCACCUUCACGUGUAGAGUAGGGACUCGGGGUGGUACUUCCACCCAACCUUACACGAAGGAGGAGGAGGAGAAGAUGGCCGCCGUCCUGAGGGAAAGAAAGGAGAAGAAAGAGGCCAAGAAGAAGGCCCUACAGGAGGAGCAGGUGGCCAAAUUAAAAAAGAUAGAGGAAGCCAGGGAGAAAGAGAGACUGAAGAAAGAAGAAGAGGAGAAGUUGAAGGAGGUGGAAGAGGAAGAGGAGGAAGACGAAACGCCAUUGCAGAAGAAGAGAGUGCAGUACAGUGGCAGCAGAGAUGAUGAGAUGGAGAAACGGAUUUCAGAGUGGGUCGCCAACUUAUCCUUAGGCGAAGAAGAAGAGGUGGCGAUGUAUAUCUCUAAGGACGACCAAGACGCCGCCAUGAGAGCAUGGGAAGCAGAAGCAGAUGUUAUAAAGCGGCAAGCGUUGGAAGAUGAGAAGAGGAUGGAGUGGAAGUUGGCGGUGAUGAAGGAGAAGAAGAGGAGAGGAGACGCGGCAGCGGAGGCGGCAAAAGAAUUAGAAGAGGUACAAAAGAUAGAAGAGCAAUUAGCCGCCCAAGCUGAUCUCCCAAAGAAAAUGGAGGUCAUAGCCCGAAAUGUUGCACGCUUAGCGCGAAUUCAACCAGAGCAGUAUGACUUCAGUAGGAGCCAGCAUAUAGCUGUGCGUUCAAUACGAUUGGGAUUUCGGGACUUUGCUCGCGAAUUGGUCGGUGUUGUAGGAGUCGAGGUGGGCCACCGCCUUGACAAGACUGAGCGGUUUUGCGUUGGUGCCAUUGAAGGCGUCAAGGCGGCAGCUCCCAAGGAGGAGGAAGCACGUCCUCCUCGCCGGGAGCCGGUCAAGGUCAAAUUCCCUGAUUCCUAUAGUGGAAAAUGGGAAGAGAACUUUGACAAUUGGGAGGCCAAUGUCAAGACCUAUGUGCAUCUGCAACAGGUCUGCCCGGAUCAGCACGUUCUGAUUGCGAUCCAUGCACUUAGAGAUGAGGCCGCCAGCUUUGCGAGGUCCUUAGUUCGUGCCGCCAACUGCAAUGAUGAUGCAGUUGCCUACUCAUUCACUCCUCUAGUCGACUUCUUAAAGUUGCUGCGCGAGCGAUUUGCUGAUGUCGCUCGGAGUGUCAAAACCUCAGACAAGCUCCGGACGAUCCAUGCUCGUAAGUGGAAGAGUGCCAGGGCACUCAAGAGCACAAUGGACGAAUUAGUAGCUGUCCUUGACCACGGGGUUACAGACACUCAGUUGGUCGCCCUCUUCUAUAGAGCUAUGCCCGAAGUUUUUCGCGGGCACUUCUUCGCGAAGAGCGAAGACCCUGCCACCACUUAUGAUUCCCUUAGUCGUGAAGUGGUGGCCUUUGAGGCAAAAUCUGUGUCAGUCUCCACCUUCUUGCACAAAGAUUUGGAUAAGGGAAAGCAAUGGAAGGGCCGCACUAUCUCUCGGCAGGUGAAGACUAAGGAUAGUCUUGUCCUAACUUUAGAUGAGGGUAGUGUGGAUGAGAUCCCCUACGAUCAGAUUGAGUGGGGGUUAGAGGAGGAGGACAGCGGUGUGGGCUAGGGGAGAACUUACGCUGCUGUCGCGGCUGGAGGGAGGCCGCAAGGAGGAGGACAAGGUCAGCGCCAAGGGGGCCGGGCCUUAGGGAGCC